AUGGCCUACAAUUACACCAAAAAGUUCCUAGAAUUCAACUGCAAACAGCUCGAGCGCGGGUUGGAAAUAGACGACAAAAUAAGCUCCAUUCUUGAUGGCCAGGACGAACUUACAAAGCAACAAUUUCAACAGAUACUUCGUCAGGUGAAUGUUCGUUUGAAAAGACACCACAGAAACAUGUUUCUGACACAGGCAACAAGUCAGAUAGCACAGCAGGUGGUCAAGUAUGAACAGACCAAGGCAAUUGAAGCUACAGAGAAGCUUUUACAAGCACAAUCUACCAUUCAACCCUUAAUUUUACCUGAGUUGGAGACGGCUCUUUCGCUGGACCGGCGUCUUGCCGAGUUCAAAAGACUUGUAGAUGAGCUCCCGGAGCUGCGGUACUUGCAAGAUGAGAAUAUGGACGAAGAGCUACUAGAUCGCUACGAACUGGUACGGCAACGCAUGGUGCAAUUGAAUGAGCGAUUUGUACAUGCGUACCACAAACGGGACUACUUGAAGCAAUUGCUCGGCACGUUGGGAAACCAAGAGGCACAGGAGAAUGCUGGAGAUCUAGAGAGGGAGGUCGAGAGGUUUCAAGCGUUGGUGAAGGAAAUGAAGAGUGAGACUUGA